GCGGCUGAAAACAAGGUGUCCUGGGCUGGUGACGUCAUCGAGGCGAGCGAGGCGGGGCUGCGGACUGUGGGCGGGAGGCUGCCAACGGUUUUGAUUGUAGGGAAGGGCGCGAGAAGGGGGGUGUCUUGGUGUUGCGGAACUGGGGCUUAGGGGAGGGGGGCAGUCCCUUGUCCCCACCUUGGCCGACUGCGUGGCCGAGGACUGGAGGUGUGGAGAGCAGUUGGAACGGGGUGGUCGGGGUAGGGUAUCUCAGGCUAGGCUUGAGCGUGGCGUACUUUUUAGGGACGUCUGAGGGCGUGACUGUUCACCAAGUUUCUUUGUGGAUAGUAGGGAGGGAGGGAUUCUAGGGACCUUGCUAUGGCUUUCUUGACAGGAGGGAUCGGAGGGGAUAUACUAGAGAGUUGACCCUGGGUAGAACGAGUGCAGUGGGAGGAGAGGGGAGGUGGGGAGCAUGAGGUGCCUGCCCCUCUGAGACCACAGCCAGUUGAGGGGCAAAUAAGGCAGCUGGACGGAAAUUAGGCCUCUAUUGGAUUUGGGUCCGUUUCAGUUUGCACGUUCUGGGUGUGAAAACUUAAGAGCUCAGUUGACCAGUGAUAGCCUGUGCCGGAAGUUGAUCUGCAGCUUUCAGUGCUCCAGAGGAACUGCAGCAGGUCUUCCGUCCCCACCCUCUCCUUGCUGCACCCUCCUUUUCCACUGUUACCAGGAGCUGUGGAAAGAAAUCCUUUUGCCCUCUCGAACCGUUGGAAACCUUUCCUCUAACCAGAAAGGCUCCAUACCCUCAUUCAACAAGAAUCCUUCACUUGGAGUCUUCCUCCUUUCUCCCAAAUCUUCCUUCUCGGGGUGCUUUCCGCCUGGGCUCUCCUAAAGCAGAACCAGGAGUUCCCAGCUCUGCUGUCUCCAGUUGUCUCUUCCCUGUACUCAUGGCAACAUCAGCUACCAGCCCCAGUUCACCUCUCCGGGCCAAGGAUCUCCUGAGUGAUUCAUCAGAAGCCCCUGGGCUGAACCAAGCAUCCUCUGAGGUGACCUCCCAGCUGUAUACUUCUUUGCACCUCAGUCGUCAGGCAGAGAGCACAGCCCGAGCCCAGCUGUUUUUGCCCGCCACCUUCCCACCUCCUCAUGAGGUGUUAGAUGGCUUGGCCCAAGAACUGAGUCACAGCUUGUCGGUUGGAUUGGAGAACAACUUGAAGAAGAAGGUGAGGGAGGAUGGUUCCAAGCAUAUCUUUGAGAUGGAAAGUGUUCGGGGUCAACUCCAGAGCAUGCUCCAAACCUCACGAGAUACGGCCUAUCAGGAUCCCGCUACUCCAGGUGCCGGCUCAGAGAGACGGGAAGAGGACUCCUUUGACAGUGACAGCACGGCCACCUUACUUAACACCCGGCCCCUGCACGACUUAUCUCCAUCUAGCUCAGCCCAAGCCCUGGAGGAGUUGUUUCCCCGCUACACCAGCCUUCGGUCAGGGCCCCCACUCAAUCCCCCGGAUUUUCAGGGGCUGAGAGAUGCACUGGAUUCAGAGCACACCCGUCGCAAGCAUUGUGAGCACCAUAUUCAGAGCCUGCAGACCCGCGUGCUAGAGCUUCAGCAACAGUUAGCUGUGGCCGUGACUGCCGACCGCAAGAAAGAUACCAUGAUUGAACAACUGGACAAGACCCUGGCCCGCGUGGUGGAGGGCUGGAACCGGCAUGAAGCUGAGCGGACAGAGGUGCUUCGGGGACUCCAGGAGGAGCGCCAGGCAGCUGAACUCACUAAAAGCAAGCAGCAGGAGACAGUAACCCGCCUGGAACAAAGCCUUUCUGAGGCCAUGGAGGCCCUGAAUCGUGAGCAGGAAGGUGCCAGACUGCAGCAACGGGAAAGAGAGACACUGGAAGAGGAAAGGCAAGCUCUGACCCUGAGCUUGGAGCUGGAACAGCAGCGGUGCCGGGCCCUGCAGGGAGAACGGGAUGAGGCUCGGGCUGGGCAACUCAGUGAACAUCAACAGCUGGAGACACUUCAGGUGGCCCUAGAAGAAGAACGGCAGACCUGGGCCCAGCAGGAGCAUCAGCUUAAGGAAUGCUACCAGGCACUGCAGGAGGAGAGCCAGGCUCAGUUGGAAAGGGAGAAGAGGGAGGCCCAGGCAGCCCGGGAGGCCCAGCAGCAGCUGGCAUUGGUGCAGUCUGAGGUGCGGCGGUUGGAAGGAGAGCUGGACACAGCUCGGAGAGAGAGAGACGCCUUGCAGCUGGAGAUGAGCCUGGUGCAGGCCCGGUGUGAAAGCCAGCGGAUCCAGAUGGAGUCGGAGCUGGCCGUGCAGCUGGAGCAGCGGGUGACAGAGAGGCUGGCGCAGGCACAGGAGAGCAGCCUGCGUCAAGCGGCCUCGCUGAGGGAGCAUCACAGGAAGCAGCUGCAGGAGCUAAGUGGACAGCACCAGCAGGAGUUGUCCACUCAGUUGGCUCAGUUCAAGGUGGAAAUGGCAGAACGGGAGGAGCGGCAUCAGCAGGUGGCCCAGGACUAUGAGCUCAGACUGGCCCGGGAGCAGGCGCGAGCGCGGGAGCUGCAGAGUGGGAGGCAGCGGCUGCAGGAGCAGCAGGCGGAGCUGCUGGAGCGGCUGCAGGCCAUGCUGCAGGCCCACUGGGAGGAGGCGAGCCACCUGCUCAGCACCGCCGCCCUGCCGCCCAGUCCCCCGGUUCCUCCUGCCGGCCCCUCCAGCCCUGGGCCACAGGAACCGGAGAUGGGGGAGAGGAGGAUCUGGACUGUGCCCCCUGUGGCCGUGGCCCUAAAGCCCGUAUUGCAGCAGAGCCGGGAAGCACAGGAAGAGCCCCCUGGGAUGCUGCCACCUGUUCUCUGCAGCCCCUCCUCAGAUCUUAGCCUCCUGCUGGGCCCCACUUUCCAGAGCCAGCAUUCCUUCCAGCCCCUGGAGCCAAAGCCGGAUCUCACUUCAUCCUCAGCUGAGGCCUUCUCUGCAGCUGGGACCUUCCAUCCCGAUCACAGGGCAGAGCGGCCAUUCCCUGAGGAAGAUCCUGGGUCCAACGGGGAUGGCUUCCUGAAGCAAGGGCUGCCGCCCCCUUCCCAGCUGCAGGGCCUCAAGCAUUUUUUGCACCAGCUGCUGGAGACAGUGCCCCAGAGCAACGAGAACCCCUCCAACGACCUGCUGCCCCCUAAGUCUGGUCCUCUGACUGCCCCAUCUUGGGAGGAAGCCCCUCAGGCACCACGCCUCCCACCCCCGGUCCAUAAAACUAAAGUCCCCUUAGCCAUGGCAUCCAGUCUUUUCCGGGUCCAUGAGCUUCCCUCAGCCCAUUCACAGAGCAGCGGUCCCAGCGGUGGCUCCUCAGAGAGAGGUGGAGAUGGGCUCCCACCCUCGAGGCAGCUGGUGGAGGUGUCUCAGCUGUUACGACUGUACCAAGCUCGGGGCUGGGGGGCACUGCCUGCCGAGGAUCUGCUGCUUUACCUGAAGAGGCUGGAACACAGCAGGACUGACAGCCGAGGGGAUAAUGCCCCCAGGAGGAACACAGACUCCCGCUUGGGUGACAUGCCCCGGAAAGAGAUCCCCUCCCAGACUCUGCCUCGCCGCCUCGCUACAGCCCCUAAGACUGAAAGACCUCCAGCUCGGAAGAAGAGUGGGCACCCUGCCCCUGGUAGCGUGAGGAGUCGGGGAGGGAUCUGGAGAUAAGUCCCUGGCCUUUCUCUUCUUUGGUCUCUCAUUUUUAUUAUUAUUAUUUUAAUAAAUCUCGGUAGUCUGUUUUAGAGUCUCUGACUCAUAGGAAUUUGGAAAAUGGAGGAUUUAUAGGAAACCACUUUGUGGAGAAGCCUCAUUGUUCUAUUUGAGUAUGUUUUUUGUAUGUUUCUAUUUUAUAUUCUGUGGAAAAAGACACGAGUGCUUUGAAAGAAAACAGUCUGUGGCUAGGUUUCAGAAGCAUUAGUGAGCUAAAGCUCCGUGUUGCAAGAGUAAAACCCACAGAGUGAUUAGCUCUGGUCAGUAGUGGAAUUAUGGAUGAUUCUUAUUUUCUUCUUUAUACAUUUCUGUAUUUUCCAGCUGUUCUAAAACAAGUAUGUAUUACUUAA